GGUGGCGGCGGCGGCCGGAGCGGGGCCGCGGUGGCAGGACCGGGCGGCCGCUGCAGCCCGGAGCCCCAUGGUGCGCGGCGGCGGCCAGGCCGCAGGAGGAGCCCGAGGCCCCGGCCGCCCCGGCUGACCGCGCGGACCCGAGCGGCCCGGAGCCGCCGCCGCCCGUCCGGCCUCGCCGGGGCGCGGGCUGGCCCGCCAUGGGGUCCCUGUUCCGGAGCGAGACCAUGUGCCUGGCGCAGCUGUUCCUGCAGUCCGGCACUGCCUACGAGUGCCUCAGCGCCCUGGGCGAGAAGGGCCUGGUCCAGUUCCGAGACCUCAACCAGAAUGUAAGUUCCUUCCAAAGAAAAUUUGUUGGUGAGGUGAAGAGGUGUGAAGAACUAGAACGAAUAUUAGCAUAUUUGGUGCAGGAAAUUAAUAGAGCUGACAUUCCCCUUCCUGAGGGAGAGACCAGUCCUCCUGCACCACCUCUUAAACAAGUCCUAGAAAUGCAGGAGCAGCUGCAAAAGCUGGAGGUUGAGCUGAGAGAAGUCACCAAGAACAAGGAGAAGCUGAGGAAAAACUUGCUGGAACUGAUCGAGUACACUCACAUGCUCAGAGUGACAAAAACCUUCGUUAAACGAAACGUGGAGUUUGAACCCACUUAUGAAGAAUUCCCUCCCUUAGAGAAUGAUUCCUUGUUGGACUACAGCUGUAUGCAGAGGCUGGGAGCAAAACUGGGAUUUGUAUCUGGCUUAAUUAACCAAGGAAAAGUUGAAGCAUUUGAGAAAAUGCUGUGGAGGGUCUGCAAAGGGUACACCAUUGUGACCUAUGCAGAGCUGGAUGAGCCCCUCGAGGACCCUGAAACAGGAGAAGUCAUAAAAUGGUAUGUGUUUUUAAUAUCCUUUUGGGGAGAGCAGAUUGGCCACAAGGUAAAGAAGAUAUGUGAUUGUUACCACUGCCAUGUUUACCCCUACCCAAACACUGCUGAGGAGCGGAAGGAGAUUCAGGAGGGACUAAAUACCCGGAUUCAAGAUCUUUACACUGUGCUUCACAAAACCGAGGAUUAUUUAAGGCAAGUGCUGUGUAAAGCCGCCGAAUCCGUCUACAGCCACGUCAUCCAGGUGAAGAAGAUGAAAGCCAUUUACCACAUGCUGAACAUGUGCAGCUUCGACGUGACCAACAAGUGCCUCAUCGCUGAAGUCUGGUGUCCCGAGGCCGACCUGCACGACCUGCGCCGGGCGCUCCAGGAGGGGUCGAGAGAGAGCGGUGCUACGAUCCCCUCAUUUAUGAACACAAUCCCAACAAAAGAAACACCCCCAACUCUAAUCCGCACCAACAAGUUCACCGAGGGGUUUCAGAACAUUGUGGACGCCUACGGAGUUGGGAGCUACAGAGAAGUGAACCCAGCUCUCUUCACCAUCAUCACUUUCCCCUUUUUGUUCGCCGUGAUGUUUGGAGACUUCGGACAUGGCUUUGUGAUGUUCUUAUUUGCCCUCUUGCUGGUGUUAAAUGAAAACCAUCCCAGACUAAAUCAGUCACAAGAGAUCAUGCGCAUGUUUUUCAAUGGCCGAUACAUCCUCUUGCUGAUGGGACUGUUCUCCGUGUACACGGGCCUCAUCUACAAUGACUGCUUUUCGAAGUCGGUCAACCUGUUCGGCUCCGGGUGGAACGUGUCCGCCAUGUACAGCUCCGGUCACGGUCCGGCGGAGCGCGGGAAAAUGGUGCUUUGGAAUGACACCAUCGUCAGGCACAGCAGGGUUUUGCAGUUGGACCCAAGCGUUCCUGGAGUGUUCCAAGGCCCUUAUCCUCUUGGCAUAGAUCCCAUUUGGAACUUGGCCACAAAUCGUCUCACUUUUCUAAACUCUUUCAAAAUGAAAAUGUCUGUGAUUUUAGGAAUUAUUCACAUGACUUUUGGAGUCAUUCUGGGAAUAUUUAACCACUUGCAUUUCCGGAAGAAGUUCAAUAUUUAUUUGGUUUCCGUCCCAGAACUUCUCUUCAUGCUGUGCAUCUUUGGAUACCUCAUAUUUAUGAUCAUCUAUAAGUGGCUGGUUUAUUCAGCAGAAACCUCCAGAGUUGCUCCCAGCAUUCUGAUUGAAUUUAUCAACAUGUUUUUAUUCCCAGCUAGUGGAACAAACGGUCUUUACUCAGGGCAGGAGCACGUCCAGAGACUGCUGCUGGCCGUCACGGCGCUGUCCGUCCCUGUUCUCUUCCUGGGAAAACCACUCUUCUUGUUGUGGCUGCACAAUGGGCGCAGUUGCUUCGGAGUGAGCAGGAGUGGUUACACACUUAUCAGGAAGGAUAGCGAGGAAGAAGUUUCUCUGCUGGGAAGCCAAGACAUAGAAGGAAAUAACCAAAUGGAAGAUGGAUGUAGAGAAAUGACGUGUGAAGAGUUUAAUUUUGGAGAAAUAUUAAUGACCCAAGUGAUUCAUUCCAUCGAGUACUGUCUGGGAUGCAUCUCCAACACCGCUUCAUACCUGAGGCUCUGGGCUCUCAGUUUGGCUCACGCACAGUUAUCCGACGUCCUGUGGACCCUGCUGGUGCGCGUGGGCCUCCGAGUGGACACCACUUACGGAGUCUUGCUGCUGCUGCCGGUGGUCGCUCUCUUUGCGGGCCUGACGGUUUUCGUCCUUUUGAUCAUGGAAGGCCUUUCUGCAUUUCUUCACGCCAUACGCCUCCACUGGGUAGAAUUUCAGAACAAGUUCUACGUUGGUGCAGGCACCAAAUUUGUUCCUUUCUCAUUCAGACUACUUUCGUCGAAAUUCAGUGACGACAUGGCAUGAUCGAGUUGCCGUAUCUAACAAGCUGUCAAAUUUAUGGAGAAUUAUCAUGUUACAGAAUUUCACUUACGUCAGAGUUACGAUAGGAAAAAUUCCGUCUUCGUUGAUUGCCUUAUGAUAUAGCCAAAUCAUUCUGUAAGAUAUACCUCUUCCUCAUGUUAAAUAUUUUGUAAAGUUUAUCAAUUUCAGAUAGAUAAAUUUCUUUCAGUUUUUACGAUGAGUAAAUAUAAGUUAAGGCCAAAAGUUAUGUUAAAGUUAUUUUUAAAAAUACAGGCUUGGAGGAGAGAAGCGGUUUUGAAUGGCUAAGUGAAAAUGGUCUUAGAUACUCAAUUCCUUUUCACCUUAUUAGAAAAAAAAAGUUAUUCUGUCGCUUGACAUUGUCAGAUAAUAUUUUCCAACAGCUGAAGUUUAGUUUUUUAAAAAAUUUAAUGACGGAUAAUCAAAAGAUUCACAUUCUGCUUGAUUAAAAGUAUGUAAACAUUUUUUUAUUGUAUGCUAUCUAGAACUGCAAGUAGGGGAUUGUUUCUACAAUUUUGCCUUGUUUUAAUAAUUGGGGAAAAUGGGAUAAAAUAACGUACAACAGAUGGUUAUCGCACUUGUAUAUUUUUAAAAAUAUUCUUACCCUGUUAUCCUUAUAUAAAACCGAUUAUGAUAAUUGUAGUGUUUGAAAGAUAAACUGUAUACUGAGCCUUAAAACCCAGUGUGACUGUAGAAGAUACAAUAUGGAUGUGAUUUGAACUUCGAGACCAGCUUGGCUGAUGUUACUGAUGUUACUGAACCAAAAGGGGUUUAUACUGAGUGAAGGGAAGAGAAAAAGUAGUGUUUUGUAUAUUUUUAUAACAAAAUAUAAAUUAAGAUAUUUUACCAUGAA